AUGUCGACCACCCGCCGCCGUUCGCGCAGCGCACUCGAGGAAGAUGACAGCGACGUCGACACCGUUGAUGGCACGGAGCCCGCAUCGCCCAAGAGGAUGCGAAGAACAGACUCUAUCAUCGACGACAAUACGCCCGAGCCGAGUGGAUAUGUGAAUGGCGAUCGCCAGCAUGAAAAGAUCGCCAAGGUGUCGGAAGACGACUACGCCCCUGGUGCCAUUAUCCGCGUCUCCGUCAAGAACUUCGUCACGUACGAAAAGGCCGAUUUUUUCCCUGGCCCAAACUUGAACAUGGUGAUUGGACCGAACGGGACAGGCAAAAGCUCGCUCGUGUGCGCCAUCUGCUUGGGUCUAGGCUACACACCAAAACACCUCGGGCGGGCAGGGCUCGUGAAAGAAUUCGUGAAGCAUGGCAAAGAUAUGGCCACCAUCGAGAUUGAACUUCGCAAGCGAGAGAAGGACCGACGAAACUAUAUCAUCAAGGUGCAGAUCAGGCGUGAGCAAAACUCGCAGAAGUGGUGGUUGAAUGGCAAGGAGUCAAGCCAUAAGAAUAUCCAGACACUGAUGCGCGAGCUCAAGAUCCAGGUGGACAACCUCUGCCAGUUCCUGCCUCAAGAUCGAGUCGUGGAAUUCGCGGCUUGCACUCCUGUCGAUCUGUUGCACGAAACACUCCGCGCUGCUGCCCCCGAGGAGAUGCUCGAGUGGCAGUCUAAACUGCAGGGUCUCCACGCGGAGAAGAAGGAGAUGACGGCAACCAACGAUGCCGACAAGGAUUACCUCGCGAACCUCGAAAAUCGCCAGCAAGGCUUGCAGGCUGAUGUGGAUAGGCUCCGGGAACGAGAGGAGAUCCAAAAGAACGUUGAUAAUCUUAAGUCGGCGCACAAGAUGGCACUCUACCAGGACGCGCGCCAAGCUCACGUGGCCGCGAAAGCGAAGCGCGACGAGGCGAAACGGGCACUCAAGCGCCUCGAAGAGAAUAGCGGUCCCUCACUGCAGGCUGUGAAAGACAAGCAAGAUUAUGCCACGCGAGUGCAAGCUUUGAUCCCUUUCAGAGAGAAUGCGGCGCAACUGGCGAAGCGGGACAUCGUGACAUUGGCCGCGAAGGUUUCCAGUGCCGCCUCAGAGGUGAAGGAUGCCGAUCACAGCAUUGAAGCGGAGAGGAGCGGCUUCACCAAGCAAAGGAAGGAGAUGGGCACAAUCAAAGCAACAAUCAACAGUAUUCAAGCCAAGCUGCGAAAAACACCCCCCCCGAGAGACUGGUCUGAUGUCAACCACAAGAUUCGCAGCAUGUCACAUGAAGAGCGAGAGCUCGGUGCUGAAGACGAUCGUCUCAAAGCCCAGAUCCACAACAUUAUGGAGGAAGGCAAGGCUAAGAGGCGGGAAAUCCAAACGACGGAGAAGAAUAUUGAAUCUUUCAACACUCAGCAAGGGCAGCAAAUGGCACUCAUGAGACAAAACUUCCCCGAACAUGCUAAGGGCUGGGAAUGGGUACAGGAGCACCAGAAUGAGUUCGAGAAGGAGAUCUUUGGGCCGGCCAUGAUCACUUGCUCAAUUAAAGACGAGCGAUACUCUGAUCAGGUGCAGUCUGUACUUGGCCUAGAGGAUUUCACCUGCUUCACCGCGCAAACGACCAACGACUUGACGAAACUCAACGACCAGCUCCUAAGAACCAUGAGCUUGAGUGUCGCUACUCGUUCAUGCGCAAAUCCCCUCUCGUCCUUCAAGACGCCUGUGGCUUUGGAGGAGGCUAGGCGUCUGGGGAUGGAAGGCUUCGCCAUCGAGUACGUGGAUGGUCCUGAGCCCGUCCUGGCCAUGCUCUGCGCCAAUUCCGGCUUACACAGAGCUGGCAUAUCAUUGCAGGAGCACACCGACCAGCAGUACGAGGCGAUUGUGCAGAGCGGUGCGAUCAACUCAUGGUCUGCCGGAAGGACUGCGUACACUGUUCGCCGCCGGCGCGAAUACGGACCUGGCGCUGUGACGACGGUAACGAAACCAGUUAGAGAAGGUCGUUUCUGGAAAUCACAGGCUGUCGAUUCCGCCGAGCUGAACGAAUACAAGCUUCGACUUGCCCAGGCAUCGGAAGAGUUUGCACAGCUCAAAUCAAAAGCAGCUGACUUCAAAACCCGGAAGGAGGCUGAGGAAACGAAGAAGAAAAAUUGCGAGAAUGAAAUGACCGCGAUCCGCCGUCGUAUCGGCGACUUGAAUCUGGAGUACGACAAGGCCACCGUCAAACGUGCUAAAUUGGCGUUGCAGCACGCAAAAGCCCUUGAGCAGUGCCGAAUCGCUCAAGAUGCCCUCCUCGAGACAAAAAUCUGGCACCUCGAGGCCGAGUCUGAUCUAGAGGGCCUGACAGCUCGCAAUGCUAGCAUCAUGCAGCAACUUCAGGACCAGAAAAGUGUCUUUGGCGAAGCUGCCGCAGAGGCUGAGACAGCGCGAACCAUGGGCAAGGAGUACCGGGAAGCCGUUGAGAUCAUGAUGGGAGAGAAUCCGAGCGAGGAAUGGCGUGCUACCAUCACCGACCUCUGCCAAGACAAAUCGGCACCCGAUCUCGUGGUCGAGUACGAAGCUGAAGAAUCCAAGCUUGAGCUUAUACAAGCUGCCAAUCCCAGCAUCAUGCGGGAGUUUGAGCGGCGGGCAGCCGACAUUGAGCGUCUGAAGCGGAAACAAGCCAACUUACAGGAGAAGCUGCAGAGACUCAACGAAGGCAUCGAGGCGCUCAUGGCCAAAUGGGAGCCAGAGCUGGACAAUCUGAUUGACAAGAUCGACAGGGCGUUUGCCCACAACUUUGAGCAGAUUCAAUGUGCUGGCGAGGUACGCGUCCACAAGGACGACGACUUUGACCUCUGGGCCAUUGAUAUUCUCGUCAAAUUCCGUGAGAGCGAGGAACUCCAGCAACUGACCGCCCACCGUCAGUCAGGCGGCGAGCGCGCCGUGUCCACAAUCUUCUACCUCAUGGCCCUCCAGUCGAUGGCGCAGUCCCCGUUCCGCGUCGUCGACGAGAUCAACCAGGGUAUGGAUCCUCGCAAUGAGCGUAUGGUCCACGAGCGCAUGGUGGACAUUGCGUGCAAAGAGCACUCGAGCCAGUAUUUCCUCAUCACACCCAAGCUGCUGACGGGCCUGCGCUACGAUCCGCGCAUGAGGGUGUUGUGCAUUGCCAGUGGAGAGCACAUGCCGGAAGACGGAGAGAGGUGUGAUUUCAGAGAGUGCCUCAAGGUGCAGAAGAUGUUGCUCCAAGCGUAA